AUGACUUCUAGGAAGAAAGUAUUACUCAAAGUCAUCAUCCUUGGCGACUCAGGGUAAGUGGAGCCUCAACAAAGUGGUGUCUGUUACUAUUGGAUGUAGCACAAUGUUUGCUGCAUCAUAAAACGCUCAUUUGAAAUGCAUAUGGCUGGGGUAGUUGGAAGCUCUUUACAAAGGGGGACCUAUCUAUCUUACCUGGGAAGCUACCUAAGUUUUGUUUGCUUUACUGGCACUGUAUAAAUUGCUGUGCAGCAUCAGUGAGCCAUGCAGAAUCCAGGAAAACACUUGUUGAAAUGCAAAAUGUUGCUGCCAUGGAAUUGUGAUCAGAAGUAAAGGAAGCAACUUGGCCUGCAGCGUUGCAUGUGUUGUGUGAAUUACCACAAAAGGGAGAAGUGGAUUUAGGUUUUGAAACAAGUUCAAGAAUAAUGAAGAAAAUAAUAAAAAUAAAUAAGCCAGCACUCCACUUUCAGUCUGUAGUUGCUGGGGAAAUUGUUUAAAGGCUCAAAUUACACAGAUACCUUUUUUUUUUUUUUACAAAAACUCAUAACCCUGGUAGAAUUAAGACUAUUUUUUAUUGUAGAGUAAUUCUUCAGAGUCAGAUGGUGUGUAAACUUAAAAACAACUAUAUUGUUGCUGCCUGAUCUAACCUUCAGUGCUGAAUAAAUUGUCAAAACAUCCUACCUGCAUUAUGCUGCCUAGGCAAUUAACAGCUUCACCUACGUACUGCAUGGCUGAGGAAAUCCAGGCUUUUUGGAGCUUCCCACGAGAGAGAGCAGAUGUGCGACAGAAAAAUCAAUGAUCAUAAAGCUCUACCAGUUCUCUUAAGAGCAGUGUUCUAGGCAUUAAAGCAGCGUGGUACAAACCAUGCUGUCAUAGAAUAACAAAUGCUUACUGCAAAUGGAUGGGGUUUUUUUUGUGAGUAAAGCUGUUUCACAACUGUCAGUGGAAAAGCAGUUUCAUAUUUGCUGCCUGGAAUGUAAUGUGACCCAAAUUCUACUCUUAAUAAACAGAUCUGAUGUCACUUGGCCCAGGCUUCUGAAAGAUGUUGUGGCCAUAUUGAGUACAUCUCUGUAAAAGAGAUUGGCCGCUGCAGUCAUAGUUGUGAAAUAGCAAAUUCUGCUAAUGUGCCACACCAGCCUCUUAGUCGAUAGAGUGAAGCUUCCUUAAACAAUCUGUUGUACACACAUAUGAUCUUGUAUCAUACUAGAGGAAAGGUGUAAGUGAAAGACCAAAACUAUUCCAUCCAUACUGAUUUCCUUUCCUCAGUUACAGACUGUUCACAUAUUUUCAUACCCUGUAUCACCUAAUAGGCAGAGUCGCUUCAAUAGAAAAUAAAUUUGGGCCACAUCUCGAUACUGGUCUUAUGAAAGAGCUCACUUCAGCACCUAAAGAUACUAAUGGAAUUAAAGCCUAGUCCAGUAAAGACACAAGGCUUUCAGCACAAUUUGCUGUUUUAAUUCCACAUUUGUGAAGGUUGGCAUGUUGAAAUGAAUCCUUUAUUUUCCAGACAAAGAAUAUAUCACCCACCUUACUGUUAGUGCAUUUGAUGUAUUCAUCUAAUCAUUAUAUUUGAAAGUGCUGCUUCAGAUAACUCAUGCAAUCUCUGAGCCUCUUGUUUCAGUUAUUCUGUGGGAUAACUUGUUCCUGACCCUAAUUCAAUCUCAAAUUAUUAAAGGGAUGUAUCGGAGGGUGAACUAUUUCUUUCAUAAGUAGAAUGCUAAACACGGGGCUGAAUUGUCUUAUUUUUUAGGGUUUUAUGUUGCCUUUCAAAAACACUUGAAACUAACUUAAAAACAUGUAUUUAAAAAUGCAUGUUAAACAGCAGGAUACAAAAAUUUCCAGGCAGACCAGAAAAAAGCUAUACUGUAAUUGAAAACUGAGCAAUGGCAUUUCAAGAUCAAGAUCAUUUCAGUAAAAAACAGAUGGCAAUAAAAACACUCAAAGCCCACUUCAAAGCAAACUGACAGGCUUUGGGUGCUUCCAGACUGCUGCUAUUUUCAGGUGAAAUUCUAUUGUGGUAAAUUCAAUUUAAUGCCGUUAAAGUUGAUUUUGAGGUCUUGCUCAACUAACUGUUUCAACAAAAGAUCAUACUUUCUGCAAGAAGGAAAGUGACAGGUAAAUGCACUGGCGAGGAGGGUGACAUUUGCUUGGUGCAACAUCUUCUGAUCUCCCUGUGAACAAAUUAGGAUGUAUUCUCAGUUAAAUGCGUUAUGAGGAAGUGAUCCCAGAUGCACCUUAAUACAGGGCCACCACUGAAAUGACCCCUGAGAGGAGUUAGUUGUUUGGAUUUCUUUACCUUUUUCAUUUAUAUACUGCUAUUCUUACAUCAUGAAACCCAAUGCAAUGUAGGUGCUUUCCAAACAGUCUUACAUGCAGACCCAGACCAGACUCUGGCCUGUUAGCUUCAGCAAUGUGGUGGUCUCACGUACCUUCAGAUCUAAGGUGGGGUCGGCAUCCUGUCGUCCCGUGUCUCCCCCCCACCCCCCGUUGAUGGACUGCAGCUUUUCAUCAUCCCUGACCACUGUCAAUGCCAGCUGGGGCUAAUUGGAAUUGGGAGUGCCACAACAUUUGGAGAGUCAUAAGUUUGCCACCAAUGCACCAGUGUUUUAGUUGUAGUCCUAAGGAUUAAAACACUCCUGAAUAAAUCCAAGAGUGAUGCAGGGUAACUUGUAUUCUUCUGUAAUUAGAAUAUGGCUGCAUACUGUGUGUGCACAACAACAUGUAUUCUUUGUAUCCUUAUGGCUUUUCUCUCUUCCUCCUCCCAUAGGGUGGGAAAGACAUCUCUCAUGAACCAGUAUGUGAACAAGAAAUUCAGUAACCAGUACAAAGCUACAAUAGGAGCCGACUUCCUCACAAAGGAAGUGAUGGUGGAUGACAGGCUAGUCACAAUGCAGGUAAGAAUUGUAUCUGUUGCAUUUCUGCAACUUGCAGAGAUCUACAAAUUGUAUUUUGUGUUUAGGUGUUUAUAAUCUGCCUUUCUGCUAGACAGCAUUGAUAGGGCUAACAGCAUGGUAGGGAGGAAUGCCCAGUUCGAAAGAGCCAGUCACACCAGGCCCUGCAUUGAUGCAUGGAAAGCAAUAGGAUGAUUGACUGGUGGUCCCAAGGCUCAGCACACUGUUGAGAACAUGUCUUGCUCUUCUCGAGCCUUUGGAGGAGGCAGUGGCAAACGUGAGUGUGCGUGAGAGACAGAGACCCUUGAUGCAUUGACACGAGCGGAAAAGAAUCCAGAUCUUACUAGGGAUGGCAUAUUUGAUAGUUGGACAACUAUUCUAAACUAGCCGUUGUCAAAUAUCUACAGAAUGCUUAAAUUAUGUUAUGGUGUCUUGUUAGUAGCGACAGAAGUGAGAGUGGCUUGCCCCUUACCCUGCAGAGGGCAGAGGGCAAAUUGAGAAGCAUCACAAAACUUUUCCCUCUGGCAACCUGCUCUAAUGCUGGGCAUCUCCCAGCAACACCACAAGCAAAAACAACCCUGAGCAAAAACAAUUAGAUGAAAUUUAACAGAUAGAUGUGAAGUCCUGCAUCUAGGUAGAAAAAAUCACAGGCACAAGUAUAGGAUGCAGGAGAGCUGAGAAGGAGAGGCUUAUUUUCUGCCAUGCAGACUAAAGACUAGCCUGCUCUUAUAUAGCUCAGCAUGGCAUGGAGCUUCCCCUGCAUGGCCUGCAAUUUUCUGAACUGGGUGGGGUGGGGAAUGGUUUGUAAUUCUAGAUGGUCCUGCUUUGUUUAAGGGGUAAAGGCACUUCCUUCCCACAUUUGGCAGGCUGCUCCAAAUUCACUUGCCAAACUAUUGGCACUAUUGGUCUUUAAGAACCUACUCUCCAUUAGGGGCAUGCUGAUACUUUUUCCAAAAGCACAAAUGUGCUCCUUCCAAAUUUGUAUGACAUUCUGACAAGCAGCGUUAUGGCAUUGAGGAACUUCAGUCAGUAUGAUUUUGAGGCCUGAUCUGAGCUUGUCCCUAAGAGUUCUUCUCCAAUGUCUUGCAGAUAUGGGAUACAGCAGGGCAGGAACGGUUUCAGUCUCUGGGAGUAGCCUUCUACAGAGGAGCAGACUGCUGCGUGCUGGUGUUUGAUGUAACGGCUCCCAACACAUUUAAAACUCUCGACAGCUGGCGAGAUGAGUUUCUCAUUCAAGCCAGUCCGCGGGAUCCUGAGAACUUUCCUUUUGUUGUGCUGGGAAACAAGAUUGACCUUGAAAACAGACAAGUAAGCUGGUUGAUGCAUACUGUGGGGUUUAAUUAGAAUAAUUAUCAAAGCAUACAUUCUGAAUCUACCACCAUUAACCAGGAUCUCCUAAGGAUGCUAAACUGAAUCCUGUCUGCAGAAGCCUGCUAUUUUUAAAUAGUGAAGAGAAAACAAUGGGAGUGGAGGGGGGGGGAAAUGGGGAGAACAGUUGGUGAACAAUGUUUCCUGGGGAUUCUGGGAAACAUGGGGUUUUACAUUUAGCAAUGCAAAUUGCUGUGCUAUUUGGCAGUGAAAAAAGAUGGCUGGUACGGACAUGGAAGAUGAAUGCGGUUGACUCUUGGUAAUUAUAAAGAGCUUAAAGGAGUUUGCUUCUAUUACAGGUUACUACAAAACGAGCACAGGCCUGGUGCUACAGCAAAAACAAUAUCCCUUAUUUUGAAACCAGUGCCAAGGAGGCCAUUAACGUGGAACAGGCUUUCCAAACAAUUGCACGAAAUGCACUUAAGCAGGUAUGAGUUCUAGUGCCCUCUUCUGGCAGUCCGGUCCUUAUUCUAUAUGCAAUAUCAAACCAGGCGAUGGCUGGAGAUAGGUGAUGGAGGCACUGAUGCCUUUGUGCACUGGCAUUUGUCCAAUAUGUUUUCCAGUUGAACAGGAUUCUGAAACAUUGCAAAAACCUGUUUUCAAAGGCAAAAGUGGGAUGAACAUACAUCCCCAUAGGCAGUGAUGCCUCUUACGUCAUCAACAGUCGGAACUGUGUGUUUCAGUUCAUGGCACUUCAAGGUGUGCUGCACCUGGUUUUUACAUUGUACCUUCUCCUGUCAUAAACUGUAGUAUUAACUUGGUUCCAUCCAAGUUAGGAAGACUUUGCUUUGCUUGUUUCCUCCAGAGAACAGGAGUUGGGGAAGCAGGUAUUGGGCAUGAUGGUGAAGUGGUGCUAUUAGCACCCACUUAGUUGAAUAAAAGGACCAAAUUGUAGUUGGUGACAUUUUCUUUCUUUCAUUAUAGGAAACUGAAGUGGAGCUUUACAAUGAAUUUCCCGAACCUAUCAAACUAGACAAGAAUGACCGGGCGAAAGCCUCUGCGGAGAGCUGCAGCUGCUGA